AAUCGUAAAGACAAUUUAACCUUUCACAAAAAUGGCGAACCGUGGUGGGCCUGCAAGACGCGUUCCUGAAACUGAACCCACAAUUACGUACGUUCAGUGCGAUGGAUUGGCGGUGAUGAAAAUAGUGAAACAUUGCCAUGAGGAAUCAUGCAGCAAUAUGGAGGUGGCCCAGGGUGCCCUGCUUGGGUUGGUUGUGGAGAACCGCCUCGAGAUCACCAACUGCUUCCCCUUCCCGAAGCACGACGAGGCCAUGGAUGAGGAGGAGUACCAGCUCGACAUGAUGAGGCGACUCCGUCGUGUUAACGUUGAUCAUUUUCACGUUGGAUGGUACCAGAGUGCUGAUGUGGGCAACUUCCUGAGCCAGUCACUCCUGGAGUCUCAGUACCACUAUCAGACCUCCAUUGAGGAGAGUGUGGUCGUCAUCUACGACACUAAGAAGUCCGCCAGAGGGUUCCUUACACUGAAGGCUUACCGUUUGACUCCUCAGGCCAUCGCCAUGUACAAGGAGGGUGAUUACACGCCAGAGGCUCUCCGUAACCUGAAGAUCGGUUACGAGAGCCUGUUCAUCGAGGUGCCCAUCGUGAUCCGCAACUCUCCGCUCACGAACAUCAUGAUGUCUGAGCUCUCCGAGAUGAUCCCCGAGGAGGAGGGAUCCAAAUUCUUGGACCUGGGUACCGCAUCAGUAUUGGAAGGUCAGCUCCGUAGUCUUAUGGAACGCGUCGACGAGCUCAACCAGGAAGCUAUCAAGUUCAACAGAUACCAGCAAUUAGUCGUUCGUCAACAGCAGGACAAGCACCGCUGGCUCGCCAAGCGUACCCAGGAGAACCUGGCCAGGGCUGCCAAGGACGAGCCACCAUUACCCGAGGAAGACGUCAACAAACUCUUCAAACCCCACCCCGUUCCGCCUAGGCUCAACCCCAUGAUCGUCGCCGGUCAGAUCAACACUUACAGCCAACAUAUAAGCCAGUUCUGUUCCCAGAGCCUUGCUAAGUUAUAUCUGACGCAGGCCCUGCAAAAUGCGAAGGAAUCCAAGCAGAACAACUAGUUUUGUAUUUAAUUAAAGUGUUUGUCACAUA